AUGGAAAUUAAUGAAUAAGAAGAUUGUAUUUAGUUAAAGAAAAAUGUAAAUUCAUUAGUAAUAUGAUUAGUUUCUUAUUAAGGAACAUGAAUGGAAAAAAGAUAGGGCUCUGUAUGAAUAAAAGAUAUAAUUAUUGGAAUUACAAUUAGAAGAUUAUAAAACAAGAGAAAUAAAUUAAAAGAAACUCAAUGAUACUAUUACAUAGGCAAUAGAUAUAUCAGGUAAAACUUAAGUAUGAUUUCAUCUAUAAAUUUUAAAGUAAAAAAGUUAUUCUGAAUUUCAAAAAUCAAUGGAAAUAUAAUUUACAAAUAAUAAAAAAUAUUAAGAAUGUGUAACUAAAUUAGAAGAGAAAGUAAUCUUUAUUUAUAAUAUCUAGCUUAGAUGUAUAAAUGAAUAAUUAAAUGAUAAAGAAAAUUAAUUAAAAGACCUUGAAAUAUUAUAAUAAAAAUAAUAAAUUAUGAAUGAACACAAAAUUUAAACUUUAGAGUAGGAUAAAUAGUAUUUGAAUUAGGAAGUUAGUACAUUAAAAGAUUAAUUAUAAAAAAUUGAAGAAAAUUACAAAUCAAAAGAAUAAUUACUGAAAUUACAAUGUGAAUAAGAGAUAUAAAAAAUAAAAGAUACUUCUUUUAAAGAUAUGUAAGAGAAAUAAUCAGACUAUGAUUAAAGAUAUUAAUAAUUAGCUUAAUUAUAUGAAAAAGAAAAGGAUCAAUUAUAAUAAAGGUUAAUAAAAAGUUAAAAUACAAUUAAAAAAUAUUAAGAUCAUAUUGAAUCAAAUUAAGAAAAUUAGUAAAUGCAAUAAAAAUACUAAGAUGAAAUAGCUGAAUUAAAAUAAUAGAUAUAAGAAUAACAAAUCUAAUUUUAAUAAGAAAGAAAUAUGUUAAAAAAAUAGAUAGAAGACUAAAUAAAGUAAAACUACAAUUUAUUAUUAUUAUAGCAUUUAAAAUAAUUGUGAUACUAAUUCAAAGAAGAAAAGUGUUGAAGUAGUAAAAUUAAGAAAUUCUAUUAUUUCUCAAGAUAGUCCUAUUUAAUGUAAGAGUAUACAUAUUGUUUAACCUGAUAAUAAAUAGUCAUAAACAAAAAUCUAAUAGACUUCUUUCAAUAAAUCAAAUGAAAAAUAAAAAUAAUAAAUUUUUAAAAAUAAUUUGUCUUUUGAAAAAAUAAAACCUAAUAAUUAAGAUACUAUUCCUAUGUCUAUUGAUGAAUAUAAUAAUAAAAUUACUAAAAAAUCAAAAUCACAAUCACAAUCAACUAAUUCAAUACCAUAAAAUAAUAAUAUAAAUUAAUAUUUAUAAGAAGCUUGUAUUUUUAAAGAAGAAAUAGAAAAUGGAGAUGAAUUAAUAAAACAUAAAAUGUCACAUUAAUUGACUUCAAGAUACAACAAUGAAAUUGAAUAAAUAAGAUCUUAUUCAUAAUAAGGUAUCAAUAAAAUUCCUUUAUAAUCUGCAGCCAAUCUUAGUAAAAUGUUAGGAUAACAUGAUUAUUGUAAUUUAAAGUAAGUUACUUAACUUUCAACUUAAUAAAAGACUCAUAAUACAUCAUUCUCACAUUUUAAAGUACCUGCAUUUACUUAAAGUUAAUUAAAUAAUUUGAAACAUAGUUUAUAUUAAUAACCAUGGACAACUCUAAGGAAUAAUGAUUCUCAUACUAAUCAUAUCUAAUCAAUUAAAGCAAGAUAUAAUGGUUAAGAAGAUUCCAUAUAAAAUGAUUCUAAUACUACAAAAAAUGUAAUAUUUUUAAUAGCAGUAGAAUAAAGAGAAUCAAGACCCUCCAAAGAGUGUACAUAUAAAUAAUGAAAUUAAAUUUUUAAUAGGGAAAUUAUUAUAAGCUAAAGGAAGAUUGUAAUCUGAAUUAGAGAAUACUUAAAAGUCAUGUAGAUUUAGGACUUGA